AGCAGCGAUGGCUACGAAAAUAUGUUGACGGAUGAAUGAACCUCGGAAAUCAUGAUAAAACGUUGGCAUUUUCUGAAUUCUGAUUAAGAAGCAGCGAAACACAGAACAAGGACAAAUAUCAGAGAAAGAUUUGAUUGACAUCCAUCCAUCACCCUGAGCAUUAAGCCGGUAUAGCCCUAGCCUUGACCGGCCACCCAUCACCCUGACCCGAGUUAGCCCUGACCUUGACAUGGACAACAUCCAGGGGUCGUACCGGACCACGCUCAGCGUGACCGGCCCGGAGGAUGAAGAUGAGAAGAAAGCAAACGGCGUCGAGAUGAAGAACCUCCUGGACGAUGAAGAGGAGCCGCAGGUCGUCCCCAGUGGAAUGAAACGCAGCGAUACCGCAGACCUCCUAAAUCUAACAUUACAUCAGUGUGCCCGUAAUGGAGACACGCGCAGUAUGGAGAUUCUGCUAAAGUCGAUCACAGGAAACGUGAAGAAGAAAAUCAACAUGCGCGACGAAGAAGGCGUGACCGCCAUGCAUUACGCCGCUCGCUACAACCAUCAAGAAAUCGUCAAACUCCUACACAACUUUGGGGCAGAUAUAAACUCGCUGGAUGAGGAGGCGCUGACUCCAUUACACUAUGCGGCUCGUUACAAGAGAGAGAAACAGAGGAGAGGAUCCGAGCUAGUCCUGGAGGAUCGAGAGGAGGAGCUAGGGGAGGUAACCCUAUUGGAGACGAAUGCGAUGCCUACCAGCCAAUCAGAAGGGGACUUUGGUAAACAGGAUGUUGUUGUCAUAUACCUGAUAAAGAACGGAGCAGACAUGAACCGAGGAGAUAAGUAUGGAUUAACUCCCCUACAUUACGCGGCCAUGAGAGGAAAUGAACUCGCCACAAAGGAACUACUGCAGUUUAAUGGCAUCAACAUUGAGGCUGAAGACAAGCAGGGGAUGACAGCGUUACAUAUGGCCGCCACUCAUAACCACGUGGAGAUAGCCAGGAUGUUGAUUAAUGCGGGGGCCCAGCUGAGGUGUAAAGAUAAUGAGGACCUGACCCCCCUCCACUGCGCGGCAUCUGAGGGUAACAUCGAGAUUGUACAGCUGCUGUUCCAGGCUGGAGCCAAACAGGACGGCUGGGUCACCAUCUCUAACAUGGUGACAGACAGAGACUGCGAUCAGAACACCUGUUUACAUCUGGCGGUAGAGAACGGACAUUAUGACGUGGUCAAACUCUGUCUGGAGAAGCGGUCAGACGUCAACACCCCGAGUAGUAACUACAUGUACCCCUUACAUCUGGCAGCCAAGGCAGGGGAUAUAAGGUGUGUGAAGUUGCUGGUCCGUAACCAUGCCAGAAUAGACGCUCUGAACGACGAGAUGGCCACGCCCCUUCACAUCGCCGCAGGCUUCAACCACAAAGACGUAGUAGAGUUCCUCAUUGAAAUGAAAGCUCCUAUGGAGAAGCGAGACAGAGAUAAUUACACGCCGCUCCUGAUGGCGGCGUACUCUGGUCACGCUGAGUCGCUGGACGCGCUGCUGAAGAAAGGCGCCGAUUACGAGGCGGUGGAUAAAAACGACAAAACCGCAGUGUAUCUCGCUGCGGAGGAAGACAAACUGGAGGCACUCAAGACCAUGUUGGCCUACCCUGACGUCAGGAGAUUGGUGGAUGUUGGAGAUCGCUAUGACAACCACCCUCUACACAUCGCAGCUCAGGAAGGAUACCUUGGUAUUGUUAGGUGUCUGAUUGAGAACGGGGCUGACCUGGAUUGUAAGAACGAAGAAGAGCAGACUCCACUGCAUCUGGCGGCUAAAAACGGAAGAACUAAUGUUGUGCGAGAGAUGGUGCUUCGUGAUCACUCAUCCGUGAAUGAUGAAGAUGAGGACUCUAACACGGCUUUACAUCUGGCCACACUUCACGGUCACACCAAAGUCGCCAUGAUCCUCAUCAAAAACGGAGCAGACGUCGCCGCAAGAAACUCUGUGUUAUGGACCCCCCUUGAUUGUGCGGCUGCUAAGGGUUGGUUAAAAACGGUCAAGUGUUUACUGGACGCUGACGCACAGGUGGACCCUAUGGAUAAAACGAAGACCACCCCCCUUCAUUUGGCCUCUCGUUAUGGACACGCUGAUGUCGUCAAGUGUUUACUGGAACACAAUGCUAACGUAUCACAACGAGACACGGACGGAAACAACUGUCUGGAUCUGGCUAUUGACAACAAUAAACCUGAUGUUGCGUCGGUCAUCAUAAACAGUGACAAGUGGGAGGAAGCCAUGAGGAAUGAGACCCCAGACAUAGCCACAGGCCUACGUACCACACCCAUGAGGAAACUCAUCAAGAAAAUGCCAGAAAUAGCAGAGGAGGCUUUUCUUCGCUGUAUGACGACAAACAAUAGGAACCCAGAGCACCCCGACUACAAGUGUACGUUUAACUACGAGUUCCUGGACGAUACGUACUCCAACUGGACAGAGGGAGGGACCAGCGAGGGGUCGGGGUCAGGGAGUGUUUACAAUGAGGACUUCACACUAAAUGUGUCGGCCCGACCAUACACAUCCGACUCCAGCGAAUUAAAGAACAACCAUCCUCUCAUCAUAAUGGUGGACUCUAAGCGAGAGGACCUGCUGGCUCAUCCCUUGGUGAACGCUUUACUACGACACAAGUGGAACAGCUUUGGGCGGACGUUCUACUACAUCAACUUUCUUAUCUAUGCGGUCUUUCUGGUCUUUCUCACAGGCUACGUCGUCCAGACGGACCCUCCAUUUGAAGUAUAUGAGCAGUUAAAGAGAAAUGACUCAAGCAUUUCUUCAAGUACACCGGAAAAGACAGCCUGUGCAAAAGCUUUAACUCUACAUGACCCAAGCAAAGAUAUGUUUGACCAACCACUCUUCGCUACGAUUGGGAAAUAUGUCAUUAUGGGUCUGGCGGCAUGGAACUUACUCAGAGAACUGUUGCAGAUCUAUCAGGCCAAGCUACAGUACCUGGGCUUUGAGAACCUGAUAGAGUGGGUGACCUAUGUGUGUGCCCUACUCCUUGUUAUCGACUUUGAGAGUUGUCAGAAGUCAACAGGAUUCAGAUUUACAUGGCAGUGGUCGGUGGGAGCUGUGGCGAUCUUCCUCUGCUGGAUUAACCUGGUUCUCUUCCUCCAGAAGUUCCCGCGGUUCGGAAUCUACGUCGUCAUGUUUAAGGACAUCCUCAACACCUUCAUGCAGUUCGCUCUCGUCUUCUUUCUGUUCAUCGUCGCCUUUGGUUUAGGAUUUUACUGUCUACUACAAAGCCAGGAUGCCUUUGCGACAGUGUGGGAGUCGCUGAUUAAGACAACUGUGAUGAUGAUCGGAGAGUUUGAGUACCAGGACAUCUUCUACGGCGCCCAGCUGGACUACUACCCAGAAAUCACCUAUGUCAUGUUUGUCGUCUUCAUGAUCAUCAUGUCCAUCAUCAUCAUGAACUUACUGGUUGGUUUGGCUGUAGACGACAUUAAAGCUGUACAGGAACAGGCCGCUCUCAAGAGAAUGGCUAUGCAGGUUGACUUAGCCCUGGAUGUGGAGAGAGUGGUACCAGAAUUUAUAAGGCGGCGAUUCGUGGCAAAGUGUGACACGUACAGACCCAACAGGAAGACGUUGAACCCCCUGAAGCUGCUGGCUCGAGCCGAGGCCGGGGAUCUGUCAUCACAGGCAAUCUCUAAAGCCCUAGACCCAGACCUGGAUGAGAUAGAGAAGGUCAUGGAGACCCAAGAGAAGCUACAGAAAGACAUCUCCAAAUUGAAGGGCGGGGUCAAGAACAUCCGGGAACAGAAUGCACGACUGGAGGGGAUGCUGCGAGUCCUGCUGGAGCAGUCGGGGGUCACAGACUUCAACGAGGAAGACUUCCAGGACCGGGACUAGGGACCAUCUCAAAGGGCAAAAAACCUACAAAGGAGCUCAACAGGGGGCAUCUUUUAAUAUCUUGAUUGUUUUUUUUUUUGUUGUAAAUUUGUGUUAUCAUUGUGAUUCUAAAGCUUACUUUGAUAUUUACCAGUAAUAUGUGUCUUAUCUAAGGGAAAUAUAACUCUGUUGUAAGAGAGGCUACCCAGAGUUGCAUCCCUUCGUGAACUUUUUUCUUGCUUCAAGAAUCAGAUUUGUGUUUUCAUGGAUGAGCGAAAACAAUGCAAUAUUUGAUAUUCUGAAACUUUUAUUCAUAUAGAUUACUAAAGGGUAAAAGUUUUAUAACCAGAUGCUAUUUUUAUCUACUUUUUUCUGUUCAUACACUUUAAAUAGAUAAAUAUUUGUCUGAAAUACAUGUAAAAAUUAAAGCUUGUUUUUUUCUUUAUUGUAAUAACAAUAUAUUUUCAAAAAAGGUUUUCCUUUUUUUCACUAUGUAUUUUGCAUUGUCAUUACAUGUAUUUCUUUUUAUCUGUAUUUGGAGAUGUGUAACAGAGUAGUAUAAAUUUUAAUACUGUAAGCAUAAUUAAUGUUAGUGAUGGAAGUAAUAUAUAUUUCUCCUACUCCACAAAAAAUUCGAUCUGUGAAUUAUAUGGUUGUUGAUUUACACAAAAUUUAUUUUUACACCAUAUUGUAAUGGAAGCACAUCAAAUGUCAACUGCUACAAAAUCUCUAUGACUUAUUUUGAAACAAAAAUAAUUUUUUAAAAGAUUUUUUUUCAUAUUAAUUUGAUGUAAGCUUUGCUAUUAUUAUACCUACUUGUAUUUUUUGAAAUGUACAGCCCCUUGGGCAAACAGCUGAUAAUAAAUACCUCAGAUAUUAAGGUCACCUAUUUUACAAUCUGAUGUUUGUCAUGUGACUCUUGAAUAUAUGCAAUCCUCAAGUAUUUAUUUUCUACAAACUCUUCUCAAGGCCUUUGAGUUUAAAAACAAUCUGUGUUAUGAAUCAGCAUCGAGCGCUUUACUAUCUAUAAAUUGUGAUAGACAUAAUUAUUUGGUGGUGCAUUAGUUACUGUAGAAGUUUUGGUUUUAUGGACCGUGGAUAUUGGCCUGGAUAGUUCAGUGGUUAGAGCACCUGACUACUAACGCAGGGGUCCCGGGUUCUAUUCCCUGUCCUGCCAUAAGUUUUCUUCAUGUAUUUCUCUUUUCCUACUACAGUUACAUUGAUUUUAGUAUUCAUGUAAUAGAAUGUUAAUACAUUUAGUAGUGUUACAAUUUUGCUCAAUACUGAUUGUGAUUGUUGAGUACAAAACUUGAAUUACUUGAGCAUGCUGUUCCAAAUUUGAACAAUCAAUCUGAUAUUAAUAUUUUAAAUGUACAAAGGGAUUUAUUUACUUUGUAGUGAAUGGAUUCAUCUGUUUUCCACUUAUCCUACUUCAAAUGUCCACAACCUAAGUGUACUUUAUGGUAUUUUGUUAGACAGUGCUUUUAAUACUUCAUUUGAUAUACUGUUUUUUCUCUCUUUAUUCAGUUUUAAAAUAUUUCUACCAAUUCAAACUUUACAAUUGCAUGUUGAACCCUUUUUUACUGUGAUAUUUUGUUCGGCUUUUUUGGUUUAUGCUAUUAGUGUGGAACACAAUAACAGGACCAGUAAUUCAUUUCUAUUGUUUACUUCUUUGGCAUUCAAUUUUUAUUAUGCAUUUUGUUUCAUUUCCAAUCAGUUUUCUCUCCUAUUUAUUGGGUAUUCUUCAUAGAUCUCUAGCAUAUUUUGAUUGCUGACGUGAUGAAAAUGCAUAUAAAAUUGUGCCACAUUUUAUACUUUGUUUCGAGUAACAACAUUUUUUUCUGACAAUUUCUAUACUCUAGGAAACAAUUUUAUUCCCAUGUAUAUUUUCUGUAUUGUUUAACCGAAUUCUCCCUCUCUUUGUGGAGAAUCUGGCUGAUUUUACUGAAAAUUCUACUCUGUGAGUAAUUGUUGCAUGUUUACAUAAAGUAAUUGUUCUGUUUGAUUUUACCUUGCCCUUCAUAGACAGAACUGUUCUCCUAUUUAUAUAUUUAUACUAAUGUUAUGAAAUAUUUUCAUAUUUCUUUGUAUACAGUGUAAAAUGAUG